UUUGUUUAUAUAUGACCUCAACGCCUUGUAACCUUACCUUAUAAAUACACCAAAAACCCAUCCCAAUUCGACCAACACCAUCUGCUAUAAAUAUUCAUAUCCAUAUUUAUGCAAAUUAAUAUAUGGCUUUCAAAGAAGCAGAGCUCCCUUUUCCUUCUCCUUCCCUUUCUCCAACCAGAUGGUGGUCCAAGGACACUGUGGCAAUAGUGACCGGAUCUAACAAAGGAAUUGGGUUUGCGCUGGUGAAGCGGCUGGCGCAGAUGGGUGUCUCCGUCGUCUUAACAGCAAGAGACAUGAAGAGAGGGUCCAAGGCAGUUGAGGCACUCAGAAGCCAAGGGCUUUUGUUGGUUCACUUCUUUUGCCUUGAUGUCUCCGACCCUGCUUCCAUCACCACCUUCGUCUCCUGGUUCUCUCUUCAUUUUCCUGCUUUAGACAUUCUUGUUAACAAUGCGGGAGUAUCGUUCAAGGAAAUCCAUGAAAACUCAGUGGAGCACGCAGAAACAGUGAUGAAGACCAACUUCUAUGGAGCCAAAUUGCUGACAGAGGCCCUUCUACCCAUGUUUCGUCGCUCUUCUCAGUACUCUAGCCGGAUUCUUAAUAUUACAUCAAGGCUCGGCUCAAUCAACAAGGUGAGAAACCGUGUAAUAAAAGAAAUGCUAGAAAGGGAGGAUGUGAGGGUAGAAGAGAUAGAAGGGAUGGUGAGCAAGUUCCUGGAGGAUGUGAAGAGUGGGAGAUGGGAGAGUGAAGGGUGGCCUGCAUUAUGGACUGACUACGCCGUUUCGAAGCUGGCACUCAAUACCUACUCCAGAGUUCUUGCAAAGCGGUAUCGAGGAAGAGGCCUGAGCGUGAAUUGCUUCUGUCCAGGCUUCACUCAGACGUCAAUGACCAGAGGCAAAGGCACUCACUCCGCUGAUGAGGCCGCUGAGUUUGGAGCAAACCUCGCCUUGCUUCCUCCUCAACACCUUCCAACUGGCAAUUUCUUUUUAAUGGGAUCCACCACCCCUACUACCAAUACUACUACUAAUAAUAAUAAUCUCAUUUCUAUCUUUAAUUCUAAACUCUAGAACCUUAUUUUAUAUACCUCUAUAUGUGUAUGUUUAUAUAAUUGUGAUUAACAUCGUUGGUCUUUGUAUACAUACAUAUAUAUAGAAUUUUGAUUUGUUUUUGAAAUAUAAAAUGCUCUACUACUUUAUAUGUUUAUUGACUUGAGCUAACAAU